GAGCCCGUGACUGUCCAGGCACACAGCAAAUCAGCACUACGUGUUUCUCAAAGUUCACAGCAGGUGGAAAUGGAUAUGAAAAUUGUUCUUGACCAAGAGAACAUCGAUAGUAAAGCUGUUUUAAAACAACAGAACUAUGAGACCAGGCUGCCACUUAUAACUAAGAAAAAGUCUGCUCCUAUGUGUAGUCAGAAGAUAGUGAAAGGUCAUACAGUUAGCAACCUUUGGGACUUGCCUGCCUCUCACUACAUGGGUUCUCCCUUACCCCUGUUAGAAGAAGAUAUAACAAAAGGUAUUCUGAGCCUAACUGAACAAAGGCUUAUCCCUCCAGCAGCAAAGAUAACUCUCCAGACACCUCCUGUUGUAUCCAAAGCAGCACCUUUCCAUGAAUUUCACAGGCAGCACAAGAAAUCAGCUGUAGGAGAGGUUAGUAGUAGGGUGGACCCUGAGAACACAGACACCAUCACCUUCCCAAGCUCAAAGGAAGCAAUUUAUGGCACGUGUUCCUCUAGUAAAGGUAACAUUGCACCACUUCCAUCCAGCAGCUCCAUGGUUUCAGCAAGGAAAUCAAAGCCAGUGUGGACAUAUCCAGCUCAACAGUUGGAAUCUGAGCUGCAGAUUCCCUCUCAGACACCACAGCCCCCGCAAAUGUCUCCAUGUCAGUCCUUACAGGAUCCGUGCUUUGAUUGCAACAUUGCUGUUUACCAUGGCACAAUAGACCAGAAAGCUCCAGGCUUUCUGGCGUUCAGGCGACAUUAUUGUUCAUCUUGGGGGAGCAUUGUCUUUUUCUUGGAACAUACAGAAAAGCUUCUCAAGGACUACGCGGUACCGUUGGCUACAAUAAACUCUAAAAAGUUGGCGGAAGUUGCAUCAAACUUUAAGCUUAAUGAGAAUCCCACCAAAAGUGACAUUCUGUCAGUCAUAAAGAAUCAAUCAACUGUGGAAAAGAUCUUAAAUCGACCUGGCCAAAGAUACAAAGGCCAAGGGGGUACCGAAAUGGCCGCUACAAAGAUCCAAGCAACAUGGCGAUGUUAUCAGGCCAGAAAAGCCUAUGUCCGUUUCGGGCAGCAGCAGUGGGCAUCAGGUGUGAUUGCCAUUUCUUGGCUCUUGCGUAAUCACAUGGCACGUGUGAAAAAGACCCUGAAGGAAUCACGUCAGAGACACCUGGAGAAUUUUUACAUCAGGGCCAAGCAUCUGGCAGCCAACUGGAAUCGCAUCAGGACCUCCAGGAGGACUAUUAUCCAUAUCCCAUCAUUAGGAUAUUCCCAAUGCAUCCGUGAGCAUAUUCCUGAUCUUGCUCUCCAACAGAAUAUGCAGAUGGGAAGGCUGUGUGACAUACUGGAUGCCAACGUGAACGUCAUCUACAUCUGCCCCCUUCAUCUGAGUGAGGAGUUACUGCAGUAUUACAAUAAACUCCUGGGUCUGCAGGCAGCUGUUAGAUCUGGGAACCCUGAGGACAUGGGUGACCUGCAGGACAGGUUCAAAAUUCUCACCCCUGAAGCUAUAAACAGCUUCCCUAUGAUUAGUGUUCUCAGCCAGCUGAUCAUUGACAAUAUGGAAGUGCAGCGUUGGUUGUUUAAAGUGAACGAUGAAUCUGGAGGAAAUGGCACUGCCUAUUGUGACAUUAUCUCGCAUUUGAAAUGCUACCCCUGGGUUCAAAAGGAACGUCAGAGAUACAGCCCUGAGAUAUGGAGUAAGAAGCGGGCACAUGAGCCAGCUUUGGUGAAGAUCUCCCAGGAGCUGCCGGGCCUUUUAGCACAGCACGUACAGCCAGUCAAUGAGAAACGAUUCCCUACAUGGGAAAAAUUCCUCCAAACAUUUCUUCGUCAAGGUGGUGUGAUAGAAGCCUUCCCGCUCUCGGAAAAUGUCACAAACCUUACGGUGGAUAUGCUGAUAGAGCCAACAGGCAAGAUAAAAAUAGUGUCGUCUGGAGAUCAGCUCCACGCUGACGGUCCUUUGCGAUCAUCUGGCACUACCAUUCCGCAAUGUUCUGUUGAUCCAGCAGUUCUUAAUUCACUCUGCUUAAAAAUUGGAGAAACCUGUAAAUCUGAAGGAGUGCUUGGUUACUUCUCAAUUGAUUUUGUGACUUUCAUCCAUCCACGAACGAUGGAGCAGCAGGUAUGGGCAACAGACCUUGACCUUUGCUAUAGUGACCAGCUGGCCUUGACUCAGCUCAUGUUGUACGUGACAGAUGGAAAUCUGGAUUGUCGCUCCGACCGCUUUGAAGUGUCUCUUGGUUCAAAGAAAACGAAAAGCCAACAUAUUCAGCAUGAGGAGACAAAAACUCCUUCUCCAAAAAGCAACCGGUGUGCAGUAGCAAGCAGUCAACUGAGGCACUCCAGCCUUUCAGUAAUCUACUAUAAUGUUUUCCUCCAGAUGUGUAAAGCUCAUGGUGUUGGAUUUGACCUCCAGGAAAAACAGGGAACAGUUUUUAUAUUGUAUGAAGAUCAGAAGCGAUACAGAUUGGGAAUGAUAACAAUCGGAGAGGAUCUCCAGGGGGUCCUCAUGACCUUUGCUCGCAAUCUCUUCAUCAUCCAUCAAGAAAUAUCAGCACCUAAUAUGCAAGGCGAGACCAAUUUUAAGAUGGCAAUUCAAGAUAUUGAAGCAAUUCUAGGAAUUACAGCAGAAAACAAACUGAAAUUGGAAGAAGAGCAACCUUUGAAAGCAGAUGCUCUGAAAGAAUAGUUAACGGAAAAUGUUUAAGUGCCUUAUUCUUUAUGCUUCUGGAAACGCUUUCUCAUCUGUAAGAACAGGUUUGGUUUUCCUUCUGCAUUGGCAUGCGAGGUAAUAUUAACCGAGACAGUAUAUUUUCAUGAUUUCCGAGUGCGGUGUUUAGAAGAAUAUCCCU